UGGUUUUUAAGCGGGAGCAUCUCUUCACUUGCAGCGAGUGCGCGUGCGCUGCCUCCCUCAGCCCAAGUCGGGAACAUGGCCGUAAGGUCGCUGUGGGCGGGCCGGCUGCGGGUGCAGCGCCUACUGGCCUCGACUGCCGCGCGGGAGAGCAAGGGAUGGCCACUUCCAUUCAGCACUGCCACCCAAAGAACUGCUGGUGAGGACUGCCGUUCUGAGGACCCUCCUGAUGAGCUUGGGCCCUCUCUUACUGAACGAGCCUUAAGGGUAAAAGCUAUUAAACUGGAGAAAGAAGUCCAGGAUUUAACAUUGAGAUACCAGAGAGCUGUAGCUGAUUGUGAAAACAUAAGGAGGCGAACCCAGAGAUGUGUGGAAGACGCCAAGAUAUUUGGAAUCCAGAGUUUCUGUAAGGACUUGGUGGAGGUGGCUGACAUUUUGGAGAAGACUACAGAGUGCAUUUCUGAAGAAUCAGAGCCUGAGAACCAAAAGCUCACUCUGGAGAAGGUCUUCCGAGGGCUGUUGCUUUUAGAAGCAAAGCUGAAAAGUGUGUUUGCCAAGCAUGGCCUGGAGAAGCUGACACCCAUUGGUGACAAAUAUGAUCCCCAUGAGCAUGAACUCAUCUGUCAUGUGCCAGCUGGUGUUGGGGUGCAGCCUGGCACCGUGGCAUUAGUAAGACAAGAUGGCUACAAACUUCAUGGCCGCACCAUUAGGCUUGCCCGAGUGGAAGUGGCAGUGGAGUCUCAGAGAAGACUGUGAAGAGGCCAUCAGGAACUGGAUGUUCUCCCAGAGCGCAGUCACCUAUGUUUCUUUUAUUUAUUAAACUAGGUUUGUAUUGUACAUGAGGUACUUCAUGUGAUAUAUUUUGGAUUUAGUCAUAUUGGCUUUAUUUCUAAGAUAUUCUAUUGAUUUAACGUGACCUGUUUGGUCUCAUCAGAAGUCUUACCAUUGGGCAUUUGAACAGUGUGACAAGUGUUCCGAUGGCCUUUAUCAAAACAUGUUUAGGAAAAUUGGUACUGUGAUAAAUUUGAAUCCAAAAUCCUUUUAACUAGGUGUUUUCAACUACAUGUUUCUUCCUAGCGGUCCCUAUAAUAGGAAUUGUAUAGUAUUGUGUAUUUUGUGGAAAAAGGAGAUGGUGGGGAUUGGUUCAACAUUUGGGUACGUAGAGGAUAAAGCUUCAUGGCUGUAUAAAUUUAGAUCAUUUGGAUUGAUUUUUAUACACAUAGAUUUUCAGGACUUUACCUUUUGUUUUGUUUUUUCCUUUUAGCCAUCUUUUGUUCUUGUAAUCCCAGCUAGAUAGGCUUUAUGCUCACAUCAUUGUCCCAUACCCCACCCCUUUCUCAUCCCCAUUUGCAGGGGCUAAAGGUCUAGGUGAGACUUGGAAGGCAAGGAACAUUGAAAUUUGAGAUACCCAGGACCCUUUCAAGCAAGAAUGGCCAAAAAGCCUUGUGCUGUCUUUGCUCUGAGUUAUCUUCAAAUUAUUUUCAGCUUCCCUGUCAUAUAAUCAUUUCAGGCAAAUUGAGGCAGCACUAACAGCUAAUGACCCAGAUGGCUCUAUUUGGGUAAUUUACCUACAACUUAACUCCACCAGCCCUUAUUCCUCUUCCCCUUUGUCAGUUUUGCCUUAUAAUCCUUUACUAAAUGAUGGGAGGUGGUGAUCAGUACAAAAGUGUUAGGUUCCCAUGAUUUCUCAUUUCAUUUAUUAAUAGUUACGCUGAAUUUUUUUUUUUUAACUUUCCUCCGGCUCUGUUUAUGUUAUUUUUUGUGAUAAGAACAUUUAACAUAAGUAUUCUCUCCUCUUAGCAAUUUUUUUUUU